AUAAAAAGCCUUCCAAUAAUAAUUAAGACGUAGAAUUCAUAUUUAACCCAAAGAGAAAAAUACAACCUGCAACACCACCAAACAACAACAAAACAACUCCAGAGAGUGAAAAUCUUUUACAAUCCAGAACGGUUAGCCUGAAUCGAAAUCCAGGGUGGUAUAUUUGCAGUCAUGAGAUUCAAGAAAGGAAGUAAAGUGGAAGUUUUAAGCAACAAAGGGAUUCCCUCUGGUACAUGGCAAUGUGCUGAGAUAAUGUGUAGUAAUGGCCACUACUACACAGUUAGAUAUGAUGGGCUUGCUGAUGAGACAGAGAGGGUGUCCAAGAAGGUCAUCAGGCCUUCUCCUCCUCCGGAAGUUUCUGGAAAUUGGGCUCCAGGUGAUGUCGUAGAGGUGCUUGACAAUUUUUCUUGGAAGAUGGCAAAAGUCUUAGAAGUCUCGGGUAAAAACCACUUCUUCGUCAGGUUACUUGGAUCUUCUAUUGAAUUCAAAGUGCAUAAAUUUGAUAUCCGAGUUAGACUGUCUUGGCAUGAUGGCAAAUGGGUGAUCAUUGGAAAGGGUUCUGGAAGUUGUGAAGAGGGGAAACAUCCUGAAAAUUUAACUCUGAAGUACUGUGACAACUCAACUGCCCAAGAUGAGAAGACUAACACUAGGACAAAUCUAAAUUUUGAAGAUGAUCAGACUCCUGUUAGGAAUGAAGAAGAUUUAUGGAAAUCCUAUAUUUCUUCCUCUAAAACUUUGAAAAGAGAAAGCUAUUUUCAGGUUGAAGUAUUUCAUGGGGAAACUAAAAAAUUUAGAGCGAUUGAGAAAGAUGGCAGGGUUAACCGAGUUGUUGCUGCAGAUCCAUCCACUUUACUGGAACAGGAAGAUGUUGUUGCAUGCCCAAGGGAAAUUGUGGGUGAAAAAUGCUUACUUGCUUCUAUUGACAGAAGAAAAAUUAGAAUUUCUGAAAAGCAAACACACCGGAGGGACCAAAAUUGUGCUGUUGGAUGUUCUUUUGCAGAAAACUUAGAACCAAAUGAAGCUGAAAGUGUCAAAUGUUCUGUUGGUAGCUGUAGCAUUGGUGGCAACAGUGAAUAUGAGUUUCCUCGUUAUUUUUCUUCAGGUCCAGUUAAAGAUGACAGUCAUAUUAGUGAUGCUGAAUCUUGUUCUUCCUCAGGAUACAAUGAAGGAAUUUGUCUUGCCCCGACAAAGGAGGUUUUGGCAGCUGAAAUCCAUAGGUUAGAGUUGCAUGCCUAUCGUUGCACUAUAGAGGCAUUGCAUGCAUCGGGACCUUUAAGUUGGGAAAAGGAAGCAUUGGUGACAAAUCUUCGUAUUUCCCUUAAUAUAUCAAAUGAUGAACAUUUGAUGGAGCUAAGAAACUUAAUCUCUAGUAAUAACAAUGUCCAUAUCAGAUAACAAAAGAAUCUUUUACUUCUUUUUUUUCCUUUUCUCUUUUAAUCUAGAUGUAGAAUCUGAUAAUAUUUCCUUUGAUGGCUCCGCCCUUUUUGUAAGAAAUAGGAUGAAGUGUUGUCAAUCUUCUUUUGCAUUUUACAACAUAAAAGUGGUAUAGUUGAGAUGAAUGUAACAGAAACCUUGUGUAGCA